AUGCCAAACGGCUACGCCGUCAUUGCCAACGCCGCCCUCAGACGGCGGCUCAAUCUGGGGGCCAUCCCGGCUGGAUACGCGAAUUUGGACGUGUCUCCGGUGUGGAGUGCACUGGUUGACAACAACAUCAUGGACAUCAACUUUGGAGGCCACUCUCUGCUCCUGGCAGACUUGGGCGAUGUGGCUCAUAGCACACCAGCUGCAGAGGCGCAAUUAGUGCCAGGACUUGUUAUGGAGCGACCUUGCCCUGAAGUUGUGGCUCGCAACACUGCAAACCGCGAGGUCGCGGUGGGCCUCGCAGAGGCCUAUGCGGCCGCGCGCUUGGCGCAGGCCGUGCUCAGUGGCUUGGCGGGUGAGAGAUGCGCAGAGCCCGCCUUCCUGAAAACCGAUGUUUGCCCUGGCGUUGACUAUUUCUCCUCAGAGGUGAUCUUUGGCCCCAAGGGUGUCGAGGAGGUGCAGGCGCUGCCCAAGAUGACAGCCAAAGAGAAGGCUCGUUUGGAGUUGGCGGUCAAGACCCUGCAAGAGGACAUCCAAGAGGGCCUCUCUUACGCAGAUACCACCGAGCUCGGCCGAAGAUGAGGCCCGGAGGUCGCGCCAAGCGCCGCUGGAGUGGGUCUCCGACGAAGAUGCACCGUGGGGUUAAUAGGGAGGGCUCCAAGAAACAUGAAGCAACCCGCAUGAUGAGGACCAUUUGGGGGGCAAGAAAACGAUAUAAACGUGCAAAGCAAGUGAUGUAAACUGUUUGAAUGGUUCGUGCGGUUGUGAGAGUCAUGGAAGUGGUCCGGCACUGACCUUUCAUUCGCACAACGGUGCAGGAGAUUCCCAACAACAGAUGUUUGCGCAAAAGCACCAUCCCGAUCACACUUAGAUCCAUGCUCGCAAGAGCUAUAUCUAGGUGAUUUUCCAGUGAAUACAAUACCGAAUCUUCGAGCGCUGGACCUGGACCAACGGACGGAAGGGUGAGAGAGUCAGCCUUUCAACAGUUUGGUUUAACCCAAAUCGCACAAACUUGAAAAAUUGGUGCAGGUACGUGACUUUGGCGUCCCAAAGUCAUUUCACAACACGAUGCUGACAAGAUCUUCGUUGGGCAAUGCCUUCCAAAGUGUUCAUGGCCCCCGUGCGAUUCUGCACAAGGUGAAUUGAAUUAGGAAGAGAGAGUUCUAGAGGCGUUACUUAGCAAUGUGGUCAGUCUCUUUAGAGACAGGAGGACACACAGUGCCGUUUCGGCGCACCGUGGGGAUUUUGGCAGGCACUUGACUAAAGAAACCUGGUUACACACCCAAAAAGAUGCCUGACUGUUGCGAGGUAUGUGGUUGCCUAUGCUGAUCAGGUUGAUUGCAGCAGGAGCUCAGGACUCUACGGUCAAGGGCAUGAAGACGUUGCUGAAGAAGCGGUUUGGGAAUGACGAUUUCGUGCAAUGGAUUGGGCAGUUGUUCAGCCUCAGGUGCAAGGAGGAGGUCAGCAUGUGCAAGCGUCCCAAUGCCGUGUACAACACAAGAGCACAAAUCUUCGGGGGAGAUUGAGCAUGUGGGCUUGUACGAGGGCUUUGCACCUGCACCCGAUCACGGACGAUGUCUCCUUGCCACCUGGGUACACAUCUCGUCCGCGUUGGACACGUCAGGCGGAAUUGUGAGUGAACAGUCACACUAGCCAGUGAAGGUGGAUCUGGACCAUCCAAAAGAAAUCAAAAGACAAAAGCAUUAUAUUCAGCUGAUGUGCCACAUUCAAAUAACAUGACAGGUGCUUUGGCUUCCCUCCCCAACUGGAUUACGAGAGAUGCCACCUUACCAAAAAAGACUGAAAACUUAAAUGCGCCGUAAAAACUCGUGCCCCCCAACAAAAACGGGUGGGGGCAGGGUGUAAUACCGAGGCAGACUCUCCCGGUCACGAGCGAGUCUGCGCAAGAACGACGACCUGUCAGGCUGGAAGUGGAUUGCUUAAGCAGGCCGGUGCCGCGGUUCGUCGCACACAACGACGAACGUGUCCAACAGUUUGACCUUCGUUUCGGAUCGGUGAAUCCAUGGCAAAUCCAACUGGGAGCCC